AUGGCUACUGCUAUGUCAUCAAAUGAUAAUUUUUACACAGCAGAUGACGAUAUGCGUCUUGAAAUAUUCUGUCUUGUAUGGUUAGAUGCUAAUUCAAACGCUAAAGACACCAGAGAUACAGAACAAAAGUUACGUUCAAUUAUUAAUCAUUUGAAGAAAUUUCAAGAUGUUAAACAAUGUCAAAAAUUUAUUGAAGAAAGAUCAAAAAAUGAUCGCAUUUCGAUCAUUGUUAGUGGUCAAUUUGGACGAGAAAUAGUCCCUGCUAUUCAUAAACUUCGACAAAUUAUAUCGAUUUAUGUGUAUUGUUUCGAUAUAGUACUUAACAAACAAUGGGCCGAUAAAUUUGCAAAAAUAAAAGCUGUUGUCAAUAAACUUGAUGACCUGAUCACUAGAAUCAAAGCUGAUCAUAGAAUUCAGAAAAUCGUAGAAGAACCAUUGUCUAUUAAUAUUUUUACGACCGGUGGUAGUUCAACAGCAGGUGUAAAUGGUCAGUUUGUUUUUUCACAGAUUCUAAUUGAUUGUCUUCUGCGACUGAAACCUACUAAAGCAGAUAAAAAAGAACUGAUUGAUCGUUGUAAACAACUGUAUCAAGACAAUCAAUAUGAAUUGAGCAAAAUCCAUGAUUUUCGACAAGAAUACUCACCUGAAAAAGCCUUAUGGUGGUAUACUCGUCAGUCAUUCUUUUACAAGACUCUUAAUGCAGCUCUACGUAAACAAAAUAUCCAUUUCAUUUUUUUAUUUCGUGAGUUUAUUUCCGAUAUUCAUCGUCAAUUGAAAGCUAAUCAAGCGGGUGAUACUUUGCGAGUGUAUCGAGGUCAGAUGAUAUCCAGUGAUGAAUUGGAAACUUUCAAGAAAAACUGUGAUCAUUUCAUUUCAAUCAAUUCAUUUUUUUCCACAAGUCUCGAUAAAACGCAAGCUCUGUUAUUUCUAAAUAGUUGUGAUGUUGGAGACAACUUAGAACCAGUCUUGUUUGAAAUUGAUGCGAAUCCUACGUUAGUUACUAGCAAACCAUUUGCUGAUGUCAGUUCAUACAGUGAAUUUACUGGUGAAUCCGAGGUCCUCUUUAUGCUUGGUUCGAUUUUUCGUUUGAAAAAUGUAAGGAGCAGUAGUAAUGGUCAAGUAUGGAUCGUGCGAAUGACUUUAUGUAGUGAUGAUGAACAUGAUUUAAAACAAGUCAUAAUCGAUAUGAAAGAUCAUUUUUUGAGUCGCGAAAUAAAUCUUCGAACGUUAGCAAAACUAUUAUGGGAGAUGGGUAAACCUGAUUUGGCUGAAAAAUAUUUUAUUCGCUUGUUAGAACAACUAUCACUACAAGAUCCUUUACUUGGCGAUUUGUAUCAUGAUCUUGGAAGACUUGCAUCACAUGUCGGUAACUUGGACAAGAGUAUGGAAUGGCAUAAAAAAGCUAGUGCGUGGAAAAAACAAAACCAAUCAAGUACCACUGUUGGCAAAUCGUUAUCUCUUCGUCUUCCACUUAAAUUGUUCAUAGAAAAUUAUGAAAGAAGGUAUUUAAUAAAAAUUGAAGUAUAUCGACUCUUUUCGAAUUCUGUUCGAUCCCUAUGAAACAAUCUAUGAUUAGAAAGAAUUGUCUUUUUCUAUUAACAAUCUCAUUGAUAUUAAUUAUGAAAUUAAGAAAUAUAAAAAGUAAAUGGCAACCCAUUCUAUAGUUCUUCUCUGACGUCCUUAUAAUCGAUCUGAGUUUGCAUUUGAUGUUGACUCUUACUUGUUAAAUAUUCCCAUUGAAUUUUAAUGUUUUCAUUACUAUGUAGCAAAUGACGUUCAUAGAUAAGAUGGCAAUUAUAAUGGCUUGCUUCGUUCUCUUAUGUUUUAAUUUUUCGCUCUUUGUAUCAAGAUCCAAUAAGCACAUACAACCAUAGAGACUAUAAUAUAGUAACUUGAAAAGCAAUGUGAACUCUUAUUAUUUCGUAUUCGUCAGUUUGAUUAUAAAAUUUUCUAAAUUAAACAUAUCGCUUUAAGUUAUACAGAGUUUCUUUGUCACUAAAUUGGCAAUACGAAAAAAAAACAGAAUACAUAAAUGAGACAAAAUCGAUUUUGUUUUGUUUGUUGGAUAUCAGAUUAAAUUAUGUUUUCU